ACGGUUCCUUUGCAUAGAACUGAAGUGGAGACAUGGCAAUGGAAUCGGUUUCUUUAAGCCGUUGUAUGUUUGCAGUAAAUCGUAAUCUCCUCCAUAAAAGAAGAAAGCACCCACCUUUCACAACUCCUAUUAGGAGAAGUAGCAGCUUUCUUAUUUCUCGCUUCCCUGUUAUCAAGAAUUACAAACAGUAUAAUUUCCAAGAUUUUCAGGACUAUGCAAAACCUUCACGCCUUUUAGAAGCCGCAGAACCAAAAGUUUGCACAGAAACCUUACAAGGGAAGGAUUUUACAUCUUUUAGUGUUGUUAGAUCUGAGUCUUUAUUCAAGGUGAAGCUACAGACUAGUAAUGCAUAUGGCUCAAGUAUGAGUGAUCCGAACGCUGGAAUACUUUUAUGCUUGAUAGACACAAAUGGUGACUCUAUAUUGCAGAGAUUUCCUGUGAUUAUAAAAUCAGAUUCUGCAGAACCCAUGGAUAAUGAGUGCAGCAUACUGCAUUUCCAACAAGGUUCGGUUGAUGAAUUCACUUUCAAAGGACCGAAAUUAGAGAGAAUUGAAGCUCUUUGGAUCAGCAUUGAAUCAGGUCAGUGGAGAUUAGACGAUGUUAGCCUGAUGGUCAUUAGUGCUUGUGAACCUUCAUUGGAGCAAGGUGAUGGGAAAAAUAUUCAGUUUACUGGUUUCUAUUAUGAAUUUGAAGUAGAUGAUGUCUUGCUCGGAGACAGCAGUGACAUAUCUGUGAUAGAACUAAGGCCUAGCUCUAUUUCAGAAUUAUCUGGGAUUGACCUAUUCAACUUGUUGAGUGAAAGGCCUUCAAAUUCAGCAUCAGUGUCAGGUGGCAGGAUUUCUAAUGAAGAAACUAUGAGAGAGUAUUCAGAUUUGAAGUUAUCUUUGCUAUCAUAUGAUGCUGCUCUAAUUUUUGGUGGUUCAGUAAUAGCAAAUUUCUCAAUUGGAGGGAAUGAAGCUUUUGCAUUCUUCCUUGGUGGAACUGUAGGCUUCUUAUAUUUGUUAUUGUUGCAAAGAUCUGUUGAUGGAAUACCUGCUUCGCCUCCAGUUUCAACGAGCAUGGGUGUGAUUGAUAAGGUAUUUAGAUGGUUUAAGGGGCCAGUCUCAGGCUUAGGCUUGGCAUUGGCACUAGGAUUCACCUUUCUGGCAGUGAAGUAUAGUUCUGGAGAUCUUCCCAUGGCGUUGACCCCAAAGGAACUUUUGCUAGGAAUGAUGGGGUUUCUUGCUUGUAAAGUUGCAGUGGUUUUAGCAGCAUUUAAGCCAAUGUCCAUGGAGUUGAAGGACAAUGAAUAAUACUCAGUAAUUUUAUUUUAUUUUUAUUUUUAUUUUUUUGUUUCUUCUUCUGUAGAGAAAUGGAAGAUUUACAGUAUAGAAAACAACAGGAAACAUUCUAAAUAUAUGUAUAUAUUUAUAAGAAACACUGUGAAAAACAUAGUAGAAGUGUUUGUUUGAUGAAGAUAAAUAAAGCUGAAGUUUUUCUUUUUCAA